CCAGUCUACCAGCGCGUAUGUUGGACAGUCUUUCUACGACACCAGUGCCGUAAGCAUCUCGCUCGUUUACUGUUUGUAGUGUGUGUCCGACCGAAGUUAAAAUAAUUAUAGUUUGUGUGAAUUUUAAUAUUAUUUGUGAAUUUCGAUUUUGUUUUCUGUGAACUGUGAUCCAAUUGAUUACCGUAUUCGACUAUGGCAAUUAUGGAUACGAAUUCCGAGAAUCACCAGUAUCAAUACAUUCAGGAUAACUCCAUGGCAUCGCUGGAUUCAAAGACAAGUCCGCUGGCCAUGUUAGUGCGCACCUGCAGCCAAAUAGGCGCUGAUCCACCGACGGUUCCUAAAUCCAAGAAGCCACCGACACCAGCCACGACACCUAUGACAGCUGCCGAUCGUCCACACAGUGCUUCGCCUGCUGCCGCUUAUCAUCUGAGCCAAACCAAGCGCAACUACAACAACAAUUACAUUGAAGAUCCAAAACCGGCAAAGUUGAAUUUUAAACCGUAUGAAAAUACUGUACUCACCCAUAACAACAACAACGACGAUGACAGUAGACCCAGAAGCAGUAGCUCCGAGGACAACAACGCGAGUACCAAGAAGAGGAAGUCGGCUUCUCCUCGAGACGAUUGCCUGACCGCUGCCAAGAGACGAGCGCCCGAAACAGAACAGCAAACCGCUAAUCCCAUCAUAAGAUCCGGUUUAGAAGUGAUGCACGGCACUAAAGGUUUUUGUCCUCCGCCACCGUCGUCUUACAAGUCGGACGCUCUAGCCGCUUUUAGGCACACGUAUUUACCCGGUGCUCCUUGGAUGGCCGCUUCGUUGGCCGCCGCCGCUGCAGCCGCUGCUCACCACAAACCUGCCGGUGGUGAUUGCAAGGAUCCAAUCUGUCUGUCUACCGGCGGUUGUGCUGCUUCCGCUGUUAGCCCAUACCAUCACUCCGUGAUGGCUGCCGUUGGAUGUCCGGCCGGUUGUACACAAUGUGAUCAGCAACGUUACUUAUCUUCGUUGAUGGCGGCCGCAGCACCAUUUUACGCCCCUUCCGUGGCUCGCCCGUAUACAUGUAGUUGGGUGAUACCGUCUCCAUCAUCACCGGCAACGGAAUCACCAGCCGCUGCGCCUUCGUUGUGUGGCAAGAGCUUCAGCACGUCCGAAGAACUAUUGCAACACAUUCGAACCCACACUUCGGCCGCCGGACCAAUGUCACCAACUACGGCGGCCGCAGCUGCAGCAUUUUCCGCCUACAACAAUCACUUGUCCAGGCACUUGUUCCAUCAUCCGGCAGCAGCUUCACCGUACGGUGCAUCUUUGCCAUACGCCGGCAAACACAUGCCGCCACCGUCUCCGUACAGUGCUUUCAACCCCACUACCGCAUACUACCCAGGGGCCGCCGCUGCUGCCGCAGCCGCCGCUUAUCAUCAUCAGCUGUACGCUGUUCCCGGACGCGACGGAUCAGCUACCGUGAGCCGUUAAUGAAACUCCCCCGGAAUAUAAAUUGUUGUUAUGUGCCACUGUGAUAGCGUUUAUUUGAAAGGACGCCUCCUACACGAGGAGCAGAAAGACUUCGGAUCGUUUAAUCUCCACUCUCCUCAUGAAUCGAUGAUGACUAUUGUUUUUUUCUUUUUAAUCAUUUUUAGUAUUUAUUUAAAAAAAAAAUUGUCUAAUUUUUUAAAAGGAAGAAGACAUUUUGUUAUUGAUAACCGUACUGCGGUUUUAUGUUAUUUUAGUCCGUGUACAUAUUCCGAGUGUGUGUGUUACUAAAGUUAAUUUCACAUUAUUAAUUAUGUUUUUUGUUAACAUCAGGUUAUGACUUGAUUUCAUUUUCGAAUCAUCAAAAUUUAAUAAUUGCAAUUUUUAUUUUUUAUAGACACGUUGUUAUUUUUAAUAUUAUUAAAUCAAAGUUGAUAUAUAAUACUCAACAAUGUAUUUUUUUUUCAAUUGAAUUAGUUAUUAGUUAUGUAUACAGAUAUAAUAAAUAUGUAUAAAAAAAAGUAAAUAAAUAAUAAAUAAUAAAAAUCACCAAA